AUAUGUCAGUGAACUUCAGCACUAAUUUGACAGUGCCACCUCAGAGCACGUUUGGCUGUGGGUUUGCACACCUACAAACGUGGCACUUUUUUCCCCCUGGGUUUGUUUUACAUGGGAAUAUUUUUCAUUUGAUCUUCAAAUACUUCUCCACUGAACAUUUAUAAAUAAAACCUGCUUCUUGCUAGUUAGUGGCUGUUCACCUGGCAGCCACUCUGCUGUGUUCCUGCCUCUUACCUCACCACUGGGAACGUGGUUUUGUGAGCAAAUACAAUGCCAGGUGAAGUGCAGAGCAGACCUGUUCUUCAGUUCCUCCUGCUCAUUGGGAUCCCUCUGCAGAUGAAGGGCAGCAUCACUUGCAGGACUGAGCUUCAGGUGCUGUGAGUGCCUGAGGUGCUGCGGGAGGAGGGAGCCGAGGCCUCGGUCUGUCUGGCUUGGCCACCCGGAGAAGAGAGACCAGAGGUACCCCCGCAAUGUCAUCAACAACCAGAAGUACAACUUCUUCACCUUCCUCCCCGGGGUGUUGUUUAACCAGUUCAAAUACUUCUUCAACCUCUAUUUCUUGCUCCUGGCCUGCUCUCAGUUCGUGGUUGAGAUGAGGCUUGGUGCCCUUUACACAUACUGGGUUCCUCUGGGCUUUGUGCUGGCUGUCACCGUGAUCCGCGAGGCGGCCGAGGAGCUGCGCUGCUACAUGCGGGACAAGGAGGUGAACUCGCAGAUCUACAGCAAGCUCACAGCCAGAGGGACUGUCAAGGUGAAGAGCUCUAACAUACAAGUGGGUGACCUCAUCAUUGUGGAAAAGAACCAGAGGGUCCCUGCUGACAUGAUCUUCCUGAGGACGUCGGAGAAGAAUGGAUCCUGCUUCCUGCGCACGGACCAGCUGGACGGGGAGACGGACUGGAAGCUGCGGCUGCCCGUCACCUGCACCCAGCGCCUGCCCACGGCCUCUGACCUGCUGCAAAUCCGCUCCUACGUCUACGCAGAAGAGCCCAACAUUGACAUACACAACUUCGUGGGGACCUUCACCAGGGAGGACAGUGACCCUCCAGUAAAUGAAAGUUUAAGCAUAGAAAACACCCUGUGGGCCAGCACAGUGAUUGCAUCAGGUACUGUGGUGGGAGUUGUCCUCUACACGGGAAGGGAGCUGCGCAGUGUGAUGAACACCUCCAACCCAAGAAGCAAGAUUGGCCUCUUUGAUUUGGAGGUGAACUGCCUCACCAAGAUCCUGUUUGGGGCUCUGGUGGUGGUGUCCCUGGUCAUGGUGGCCCUUCAGCACUUUGCAGGCCGUUGGUACCUGCAGAUCAUCAGGUUCCUGCUGCUGUUCUCAAACAUCAUUCCCAUCAGUUUACGUGUGAAUCUGGACAUGGGGAAGAUUGUGUACAGCUGGGUGAUCCGCAGAGAUUCCAAAAUCCCUGGCACUGUGGUUCGGUCCAGCACCAUCCCUGAGCAGCUGGGGAGGAUUUCCUAUUUGCUUACAGACAAAACAGGGACUCUCACCCAGAACGAGAUGGUUUUCAAGAGACUCCACCUGGGAACGGUGGCCUACGGCCUGGACUCCAUGGACGAGGUGCAGAGCCACAUAUUCAGCAUUUACACCCAGCAGCCGCAGGACCCCCCGGCCGUGAAGGGGCUGUCGCUGGCCACCAAGGUGCGGCGCAGCAUGAGCAGCCGCGUGCACGAGGCCAUCAAGGCCAUCGCGCUGUGCCACAACGUCACCCCGGUCUACGAGUCCAACGGCGUCACCGACCAGGCCGAGGCCGAGCGCCACUACGAGGACUCCUGCAGGGUGUACCAGGCCUCCAGCCCCGACGAGGUGGCCCUGGUGCAGUGGACAGAGAGCGUGGGCCUGACCCUGGUGGGCAGAGACCAGUCCUCAGUGCAGCUGAGGAGCCCAGGGGGGCACAUCCUCAACUUCACCAUCCUGCAGAUCUUCCCCUUCACCUACGAGAGCAAGCGCAUGGGCAUCAUCGUGCGGGAUGAAUCCACGGGAGAGAUCACCUUCUACAUGAAGGGGGCAGACGUGGUGAUGGCUGGCAUCGUGCAGUACAACGACUGGCUGGAGGAGGAGUGUGGUAACAUGGCUCGGGAAGGCCUGAGGGUUCUUGUCGUGGCCAAGAAGUCUCUGACAGAAGAGCAGUAUCAAGACUUUGAAGCUCGCUAUGUCCAGGCCAAGCUGAGUGUCCACGACCGCUCCCUGAAGGUGGCCACGGUCAUCGAGAGCCUGGAGAUGGAGAUGGAGCUGCUGUGCCUGACGGGGGUGGAGGAUCAGCUGCAGACAGACGUCAGGCCCACGCUGGAGACGCUGAGGAACGCUGGCAUCAAGGUGUGGAUGCUGACGGGGGAUAAGCUGGAGACAGCCACGUGUACAGCCAAGAACGCUCAUCUGGUGACACGGACACAGGACAUCCAUAUAUUCAGACUAGUGACAAACCGAGGAGAAGCCCACCUGGAGCUGAACGCCUUCCGCCGCAAGCACGACUGCGCCCUGGUCAUCUCGGGGGACUCGCUGGAGGUGUGCCUGAAGUACUACGAGUGCGAGUUCAUGGAGCUGGCGUGCCAGUGCCCCGCCGUGGUGUGCUGCCGCUGCGCGCCCACGCAGAAGGCGCAGAUCGUGCGGCUGCUGCAGGAGAGGACGGGCAGGCUCACCUGUGCCGUGGGUGACGGAGGGAAUGAUGUUAGCAUGAUUCAGGAGGCUGACUGUGGUGUUGGAGUUGAAGGAAAGGAAGGGAAGCAGGCAUCGCUGGCAGCUGAUUUCUCCAUCACUCAGUUCAAGCACCUGGGUCGUUUGCUCAUGGUCCAUGGAAGGAACAGCUACAAGAGGUCUGCAGCCCUCAGCCAGUUUGUGAUCCACAGGAGCCUCUGCAUCAGCACCAUGCAGGCUGUUUUCUCAUCAGUGUUUUACUUUGCUUCGGUUCCUCUCUACCAAGGCUUCCUCAUCAUUGGGUACUCCACAAUUUACACCAUGUUUCCUGUGUUUUCUCUUGUCCUGGACAAGGAUGUGAAAUCUGAAGUUGCAAUGUUGUACCCAGAGCUCUACAAAGAUCUUCUUAAGGGACGACCAUUGUCAUACAAAACGUUUUUAAUCUGGGUCUUGAUAAGCAUUUAUCAAGGUAGCAUCAUCAUGUAUGGAGCGCUCCUCCUCUUUGAAUCCGAAUUUGUGCACAUUGUUGCCAUUUCCUUCACGUCCCUGAUCCUCACCGAGCUGCUGAUGGUGGCGCUGACAAUCCAGACGUGGCACUGGCUGAUGAUCGUGGCUGAGCUGCUCAGCCUCUCCUGCUACAUCGCUUCCCUGGUCUUCUUGCACGAGUUUAUUGAUGUUUACUUCAUUGCCACCUUGUCGUUCCUGUGGAAGGUCACUGUCAUCACCCUGGUGAGCUGCCUGCCCCUCUACGUCCUCAAGUACCUGAGACGGAGGUUUUCUCCCCCCAGCUACUCCAAGCUCACAUCCUAGGGCUGCUCCUGGCACACAGAGACAGACAUUGCCCAGGGCCCCGAGACAACCCCAGCUGUUCCCACAACCAACACGUCCUGUCCCUGCCUCAGGGCCCCGUGGUGAUCUCUGUCACCUGCUGCUGCAGUGAGGGACUUUCAAACUGCCCUGGAUGGGAACCUAACGCCAAAUGGGAGUGUUUGGAGGCUGGAGGCUCUGCAUUCAUCCAGUUCUUGGCACUUUUGUUCUACUUAACUGGGGUCAAAUGCAUGGAACUGCGAUGGCAAUGGGUUUCUCUUGCAUGGUUCAAAGUCUGUGGAAGCUGCUACCUGACCUUGGGAUUUACAUUUGACAAUUUAAAGUGAAUUUUUUAAGUGUCUGCGCUGUUCUUUGCAUUGUGUUACCUUUUUUUUUAAGUUUGUUAUUCGUCUUUUUGAUUCAAGUAGUUACAUUCUUUUUACAUCUUGGAAAUCCCUUAAUGUAGGUGAUGCACUACACUGCUGACAGCUGAUUCCUGAUUUAUGGCAUGUUGUUUCCAUAAUGGGGCUCCAGCCUGUCGGAUCUACACACACUGGAGAAUCUGAGCGUGGCUGAGAUUUUCCUUCCGUUGAAAUGUGGUCACCCCAGUGAUUUUGGAGGUAUCCAGCCAUUGAUAAAGACAGAGAAGUGGUAGCUCCAAACGAGAGAAUUCAGUUUUGUUUAGCUUUUGUGCUUCCUGUUAAAAGGAGCAGUGACAUGAUAGUUUUACUCUGUAUUUAUUUGUGUAGGAGAAAAUUAUCUAAACUAAAGCAAAUCCUCUUUGGAACAGAACUUUGCAGUUGAUCAUCCUUGAAAUGUGUCGACAACGUGAGAAGAGACUCGUACUGUUCUGCAGACAAUGUGGCAGACGUGUCUUGAAUCCUUGGAGACUGAAAGGAGAGGUCACAGAGCUGCUACUCCUCACAGCUCCAUGAAAUCUGUUUCCUGUUAGUGUGAAACUUUGAGGAUGAGCUGCAAAUAAGCAGAGGCACUCCUAGGUGGAUGUUUAAUGACAUGCUCCCUGUAGGGAGGCAGUUUUUGGAGCCUUGCACUUGCUUGGCUCUGAAAACCAAACCUGAAUCACAGGAGUGGGUUCAUGCAAAGGCAUUAGGCUGAGUGCAGAGCAAAUUUAUGCGCUUUUAAUUCUCAAAAAUUAAACUCAGUGAUUCUGUCAUUAUUAUAAACUUUGGUCCACAUUGUAGUCUCAUGAGGAGAGCCACACGUGCUUGGGCUUUUCAGUAGAAGGACGGAGACUUACAGGGACCUUUUAGAGCUGGGUUGGUGCAUCAAACACGGAUGGGCUUUUAGUGGCAGCCAUCCUUGUCUGAGGCUCUUCAGUCUGUGCUAAAUUAGCUGCUUGCUGUCUUCUUCCCACAUCAGAGAAACCACAGGCGGAGCUGGCACUGCUUGGCGCCCUUGCUCCUUGGCUGCCCAGGGGAAAAGAGCCCAGGGCAGAACCAGGGCUCCCUUCUGGGAGCUGGGCUCACAGCCUCCUGUGAAUUUAUUAAUUAAUGCCCUUUUCCCAGAAAGGUCCCUAACGUUGUCUUCAUCAUGACUGGAUAGUGUUGGCCAUGCCACUGUCGUGGAGUCCCCAGACAGCAUUUCACAGAAUCAUGGAAUGGUUUGGGUUGGAAGGGACCUUAAAGGCCACCCAGUGCCACCCCUGCCAUGGCAGGGACACUUUCCACUGUGCCAGGCUGCUCCAAGCCCUGUCCAGCCUGGCCUGGGGCACUGCCAGGGAUCCAGGGGCAGCCCCAGCUGCUCUGGGCACCCUGUGCCAGGGCCUGCCCACGCUCACAGGCAGAAUUUCUUCUCAAUAUUGCACCUAAGUACAAGAACCAAGAAUUCCUCUUGGCUCCAGGUGGUGACUGAGCAGCCCAGUGCCCCUGGGCUCUGGCGCCCAGCCCUGCCCCUCUCUCCUGUGUGUUGGUAGUUCAAUGUCCUGCAGCAGCAACAGUGCCAAGCUACUGUGUGUGAAUAUUUGAGACAUAUAAAUGGUAGAAUUCGCUGUUUCCUCAAGUCAAUACAGUUUACACUGAGUGGACCAUAUUUGCAAACUCUUAGCUUACACCAAGAAAGGGAGUGAACUGUGAUUUCAUUUGUAUUUAUUGAAUCAUAAGUUUAGUAGCAUAUUUAGUAGAGUUGAUAGUGAUCUAGAGCUGUGUUUUGGGGUGUGGAUUAUGUUUUUGCAGUUUGUGGUUUUGCACAAGGUAGUAAAUCCAGAAGUCAUUUCUGCCUGGAUAUACACUACAUCUUUUCAAAGCUGUCAGAGACUAAAACUGCCAUCUUAACAAACAGCAGCAAAGAGGAACACUUCUGUUUUUCAAGUUUAGCACUUUAUGUUUGCAACCCAUUUCUCUUAAGUUAUUUAAAAAUGUUUUUAAAAGCAAAAUUUAAUACACAUGUUCCUAUUUACUGUACAUUAAAAUAAAUGGAUCCUCUGCCGGAAAUUUCAUCUUUUCCUCUAGUACGCUCAUAAUUUGUACUUUUGGGGAGUGAAGCAUUGUUUUCUUCUGUGCAGUAUCCUGUUUGUGGCCUUAGUGUGGUUCCUGUUCCUUUACCUGUGUGGGUUUUGUGCAGUAGCAGUUCAGGUGUGCCUCGUGUGCUUUGGGCUGCUCCAGGUGCAGCCUCACCCUGCUCCUGCUGCCCGUGGCUGCCAGCACGCCGUGCUGAGCUGCUGCAGGGUGAGGUUUUGUGGCACACUCUGUUCCCUUCCUGCGCCUCCGCAGCAAUUCCAGGUGUGUCACACCCUCUCUGUCCCCUUCCCUCUGCAUUUCUCUCCUCUGCAGAGCUUGUCCUGUUCACCUGUGCAAACAUUUCUUCAGCUCAGCUCGUGGGGCAGUGGAAACCCAGCUCUGUGUGUUCCACAGUCUGUGCAGGGUGUGAUCCGAGCUGGCUGAGGUCAGGGCUGCUCAGGAGCAUCCCUGGUGUCCCCUCGGGGUGAGCACUGUGCUGGGGGCUCACCAGAGGUGUUCUGUGCUCCCAGAGCUGGCCCAGCCCAGCCCCGGGACAGCCUCGGCCUCUGGAGGUGCCUGGGAAGUUGUGCUGGAGGGGAGCUGGGUUUGUCAGGGGAAUCCCUAGAGCUGCUCUGGGGGGUUUUUGUGUGACAAAGCUGCUGCUGCUGCAUCAGGGGCCCUGGUUUGCACAGGCAGAGCUCUGCCCCAGGGAUGGGAGCCUGCCUUGUGCAGCUCAGAGUCCCGAGCUGCUCCUGUGGCAUUGGCUCAUCCCACAGCGUCUGGGGCCGCUCCAGUGCCCACGUCAGCAGGAUGAGCUUUAUUUGUUAUUAGUUAUUUCAUUAGUGUCAAACUCCAUGAUUUGCAUGAAAUCUGUGGUUCACAGCUUUGCCAAUAUGGUCCAUUACUACUGCCUACGACAACUUGUGUACUUAUAUGCCUUUGAGAACAGUUUUAAUUGUUAAAAUUGUUUAAAAAAUCAGUGUUAAUUUAAUUUUUAAUGGGGAAAUGGAUUCUGGUGUCAAAAUGGUAUUUCCUGUGAUGCUGAUGUUUUGUACCUGUCAUCCAGCUAAACAACCUGUAAAUAUCCUGAGUCAAGAGAAACAUGAAUGCCAAUUAUUUAUUGUUCUGUGGAGUUACAUGUCGCAGAUGUGUAAGACCUUAAAAGGGAAUGUUGUAAAACAAGGUGGAAAAAAUAAAUUUUAUGCAACUUCUUUACUUCA